AUGGGUGAGCCAUGCGCUCCAGACGUUCGGACGCUGGAUCCGCACAGCGCCUCUGCAGCAGAGCGUCUUUUCGACAGGAUGAUGGUGGGUUCUGGCGAAGGCUUCUUUGACCGCUGCGGGGGCAUCCUCGCUGACGACAUGGGCCUCGGGCCCCGGAAGACAUUGAUGACCUUGUGCUUCCUGAGCUACCUCAAGGUGAAGGAGAGGAUACCGGGCCCGGCCCUGGUAGUGGUCCCGCUCAGCUGUGCGGGAAACUGGUUGCGGGAGGCACGGAAGUUCGUCCCGCACCUGUCCAUUGCGAAGGUCUGUGGCUCCUCGAAGGAGAAAUCCUUCAGCCUCGAUGACGAUGAUAUCUGGUUUGGGAUGAAGGACAUCAUCGUCACGACCUACGAGACUCUGCCGCAUCUUGCAGGCCCUGAGGACUUCUUCGGCCGGGUUUUCUGGAAGGCCGUGAUCUUGGACGAGGCGCAUCGCGCCAAGAGCAGCACCAGCAAGAUCCGGGAGGCCCUCGAAAUGACACAGUCUGCGAGCCGCUUUCUCCUGACAGGGACGCCGCUGCAGAACAACUUGAAAGAGCUCCACGCGCUGCUCAAGUUCCUCUGGCCGGACGUGCUGGCAAAGCAGUCCGAGGUUUUUGAGAACGCGAUUCAACUGCCUGAGUUGGCCGCCAAGGCACUGUUUCUUGCCCGGUGUCGGUGUGAAGUUCAGGGCUUGAGUUGGAUCUCUGCCAAACAGGUGUCCCGGGACCUUAGCAAGCCUGUGUAA